AUGGACGACUCGACUGAUGCGACCACUUCUGAUGAUGGACUCCACUAUCCGCGAACAAAAAUCAGCCGCAUUCCUCCGGUUGCCAACCCAGAUUCGACAGCAGUCGUUUCGGCCGCAUCCUUCGUUCCAGUGAUUGUAGCCAUCCCAAGCGCAGUAGGCUCGCCCAUCAGAGCAAUCGAAGUGGAGACCCCGCCGCCCCAACACAACUCGCCUCGUGCGGUGGUCACGGCACUGCUCGCAGUCACGGGGGUGCUCGCAAUCAUCUUUAUCGUGGGGUACCUGAACAGCCAGCGGUUCCGGAGAUGGAAAGAGAGUCGAAGGCUGCGCCACACAGAAACCAAGUGGAAGAUAUCUCGCCCUUUUCGUCAAGGGGACAGCCUGGCCUCAUCCAUGAGGCAGGUGCCCCAGAAUCAGAUCGAUAUCUCACCCAACCAGCUUGUCUAUUGGUCCUCGGAUCCGUUUGCCCGCUCGAUUCCUAGGCAGAGUCGGACGCCAUUCCACUUCCACUUUGGUCGCUCGGAAGCAGUCGAAGAGAUCGACGAGGAGCGCGGCUGGAUCUGGGGUACCAACACGAGCAGUAAACCAGGUACUAGUCGCCAAGCCAUUCCCGGCCUGGGCGUCGGGAAAUAUCGCCCAAAGAACAAACGACCACCAUCACAUGCCUCCAAGAGCGCAAAAAAGCCCUAUUCCCAGCCGGAAGAGAUUGAUGAGACGAAAGAGGAGCUCUUGAACGAUGAUAAUGAGGUGGGAGAGACGGGCGAAUACGCUCACGGCGAGGAGGAGCCCACGGGCUAUAGCAAUUUCCCAUCAACCGGAGUCUCCUACCUGCUUAGUCGAUUGAAGGAAAGCAUCACUGCUCGGUCCAGAUUUAGUAGCCAGGGCUCAGCAGCCACUAUACCACAGAAAGACUCCAGUAGGGGCCGAUGGAACGAGGUGGGGCAACUUGUCGCCAACGAAAAGAAUAUGGCGCGAGACUCCGACUUUGACGACACCAAAAAGAAGGCUGGCCUGCAGGUCCGCUUCGAUAGUCAUGUGUCCCAUCAAUCCGGCCCUGCCUUGUCGGAGAUCGCUCUCCCCGAGCUUCCGGCGUUCACAUGGGACAACAACUCGAGCCUUAAGAUCGCAAUGACCAAGCGGACACGUGAUUCCAGUCUUGAAGUUGAGAUUACCGGCUGCCGAUCCGAAAACAUUCCGGGCUCUCAGAUGCCCCGUCAAUCAACCGUCUCCCCCACACGGACCCCUGCCGCGGUCAAUUCGGACAAACAACUCGUCAGUCGACUGGAGCAGAAGAACGAGGGAAAAAUAGGAUCCACCGAUCUACCAAGCCCUACCAUCAAAGCGCGCGGUGGAGGCAGAGAGGCCUUUAAACUUGACAGCAGACCUCGGUCCGCUAAAAGUACUCGCUUGAUCAAGUCAAAAUCUAAGCAUCUUUAUCCUGGCGGUUACAUCGGUCGAUCACCCACCAAGAAACUACGAAAGAAGGAAUCACCGCAGUCGCAAACUCUCUGUUCUACUAUAGACUCUUAA